AUGGAAGACGAAUGCGAAACGCCGGUUUCUUCUGCGCCAUUCGACGAAAACAAUGAAACAAACGAUAUGUUGUUUAUGUUAGUGAAUGCAGUGGCGGUCUGCCGCGGCGAUGUUGUUGAAUGUAGUGGCGGUUUACUUUCGAAAGUGAUUUGCGACCACUUGGGAUUGGGAGUGAAGACGGGCCUGCCCUACAUCUGGCACUUCAAAGCAAGCAAUCCGUUCGUGAACCUCAAGAAGGAAUACAAGGGCAUUUACUGGCAAGAGGAAUUGAUCCCGUUCUUCCAGUCUGUCGCUCUCCCAAAGGACUGCACCACUGUCCAGAAAUGCUACCUUGAACUCGCCAAACAAGUGGAGGCCAAGCUCGCGAAGGUGGACGACUACUUCAACAAGCUGACCGAUGCCAUGGUGACCUGGAUCGAAGCUUGGGAUGAACUGAACCAAAGUGGUACCCCCGCAGCAGCAAAAGUAGCCAAUGGCAACUCUAAGUAA